CCCUCCACCCCCCCCCCCCCCCCCACUCCUCACUCUCCGGCGUUCGCUUCCCAAUCCGAUCUCGGCCAGCCGCCGGCGCCCCUCCCUCCUACAGCGCCGCCAUGGACGAAGUCUUCAGCCAGAUCCUGGAGAAGCAGGUGCUGUCGGCCGCGAAGGCCGUGGAGGAUAAGAUCGACGAGGAGAUCGCCGCGCUCGACCGCCUCGACCCGGACGACAUCGAGGCCCUGCGGGAGCGCCGGAUCCAGCAGAUGCGCCGCGCCGCCGAGCGCCGCGCCAAGUGGCGCGCGCAGGGGCACGGGGAGUACGCCGAGGUCCCCGAGAAGGAGUUCUUCGCCGCCGCCAAGGCCAGCGAGCGGCUCGUCUGCCACUUCUACCGCGAUAAUUGGCCCUGCAAGGUUUUGGACAAACACUUGUCAAUUAUUGCGAAACAGCAUGUAGAAACACGGUUUAUUAAGGUUCAUGCCGAGAAGGCUCCCUUCUUGACGGAAAAGCUCAGGAUCGUCGUCCUUCCAACUCUAGCUAUAGUAAAGAAUGCCAAGGUUGAGGAUUAUGUGGUUGGCUUCGAUGAGCUUGGCGGCAAAGAUGACUUCAGCACCGAGGACCUGGAGGAACGCCUAGCCAAAUCCCAAGUGAUCUUCCUCGACGGAGAAGGGUCUGCCUACGCAGCGAAGCAGGCUGCUGCUGCCUCCAAACGUAGCGUCCGGCAAUCAGACACAGGCAACUCGUCAGACUCUGAAUAGCUCUUCCACUGUAUCUAAAAGGGGUAUACCUCAGAGGUUAGCUGGCUUCCAUGCCAGCCUGCCGUGUUAUCCUUAUCAGGACAAGCAAAUGUUAGCCCAGUUUUGAAGUUUAACCUGGGAUUGAUACAUGUGUCUUAGAUUCUUAAAAUCUGAAGGUACAAAGAGGUUGUGCCCGAGCUGUUGUAUAGUGAUGUCUUGUUGAGCACAUCUGGUUGGUUUGUUUCAGUUAUAUCCCCCCCCCUGUACCACCAGAACAACUCUGGAGGAAAAAGCUGGCAGAAACUUUGCUAUUGCAAGUGA